GAAUGCAAUGCGCGCUUGCGCCUGCGUACGGCGCUCAAUAAACUCCUUUUCUCCGUCCCAUUCAUGACCUCAUCCGGAGGCGGAGACUUGCGACCCUAUUUUCCUUCUGCUGCUGUUACUCCGACCAUGGCGAGUCCUGGCCCUGUGACUCCGGAGGCACCCUUUGACCCAUCGAAGCCCCCAGUUAUUGAGGGCUUUAGUCCCAGUGUGUAUAGCACUACAGAAACUUUCAAGGAAAAGUUAAUUCGCAAGACCCGCGAGAACCCAGUGGUACCCAUAGGCUGCCUGGGCACCGCGGCCGCCCUCACCUAUGGCCUUUACUGUUUCCACCGUGGUCAGAGCCAUCGUUCCCAGCUCAUGAUGCGCACGAGGAUCGCCGCUCAGGGCUUGACCAUCGCAGCCAUCUUGCUGGGUCUCGCUACAUCAGCUCUGAAAUCGCGAUCCUGAGCCCUUGGCCUGGACUUAAAACCUCCAAGGAGGUCAUUCCCCGCCCCAGGAGCAACCACUAACCCUGCCACUGGACAUAUUCUCUCUUGUCAGUGGGAGAGGAAGUCACUCAUUGUGUAACCGACUUUUUUUUCCCUCCAUGAAUCUCAGAUUCGGUUCAUUUUAGAUGUUGCUUGCUUCUGUUUGUGCCAUCCUCUUCAGUUGCUAUUUAAUAAAGUCUGAUCCACUUGUAGUUGGUGAAUUCAUUAUUCAUUCUGUGUCUCAGCCCAUAGUUUUGAUGUUCUGGUUUUAGAGGGAAUCAUGCUAAAGACUGGUGCAUAGAAAUCAUGUAGUAAUGAUUCCCAGACUUUCCUAGUGACAGUCACCUUGUUAGACACAGUUCCCUGUCCUUGAGAUUCUAGUUCAUUGGGUCUCGGGUAGUGCUGUUUAGUGGGGAACUUUGCUUCACAUGCAGCUCAGAGGCAGGGAACCAUAUAUGCCUCAACUGUGCAUCUGUUCUGUGCCACACUUCCAUCUCAUGAGAGCACCUAGGGCACCACAGUAUCUAGACCAUCCCAGCUUGGUGCUUGAUGAAUGGAUAGAACAGGAAACAGACUCGCAGAGCGACCUGAUGUGGUAGAAAGCACAGUCCCAAAGUUUGCCAGUGCUUUAUGUGCCUAGAAUUUACAGGGUCAGGGAAGAAAAGCGAAAGCCAGGAAACCUGGGACCUGAGAAAAUUCUGGAAGACAUCCUGUGAGUUUUUCACACAUGUAAGAUUUCGAACAGGUAUUCCCAGUUUAUGGUCGGCUCUCCUUUAAGUGUUGUUUGGAUCCUGGCCCCUUCCCAGUGAUGCCAUCAUCUUCAACACUAGCCAGCUACAAGCUAGCAGGAGGGAAGAGGAAAUCAAGAAGACAAUACUUCCUGAGGUUCCUGACACAGUCUAGCAAAGCAGUGGAUGUCUACAGUCAAGGAAGUUCCUGGCGCCCACUAUGGCUUCUGAUCAAUAAGGCAGUAAUAGCUUAUAGAACAAUACCUUGUGACCCAUUGACUAAAGAUUCAAGGAGUAAAUCUUCACAUGGAGUGGUGAAGAUUGUGGCACUUCAAAAGAAAAUUACUACUUUUCACUACUGUUGGUAUUACUGUAUCCCUUCACAAGAAUAUAUUAAAGCCCUACUCACCGAUCUGCACGAUGUGACCUUAUUUGGAAAUAGGGUCUUUAUAAAGAUAAAUUAAGAAGACAUCAUUAUGGUGGAUCCUAAUCCAGUCUGACCAGUGUCCUUAUAAAAAGGGGAAAUUUGAAUACGAAGACACAAAGAAGGUGGUUGACAUAAUGAUGAACUCUGGUUUAUAGUGAUGCAUCUAUGAACCACAGGCAGGCUGCCAGGAAUCAGAAAGCCCGGCAACAAAUCCUUCCCUAGAAUCCUUAAAGGGAACAUGGCUCUGUGUAUACCUUGAUUUCAGACCUCUGGCUUCCAGAAGAGUGAAACAAUAAAAUUCUGUCGUUCUAAGCCAGCUACUGUGGCACUUUGUUAUAGCAAUUCUAGGAAAACAAUCAGUUGGCAAUUCAGUUUUUUCUAAACACUGCAGGUGACAACAAUUUGAAUGUAACCUGUGUGCAACCUCUGCUAAAGGGAAAGAAGUUGUCGCUGGUUGUUGAUCUCAUGUCCAGAGGUGGACCCAGCUGAAGGAAGAAAAGCAGUGCCUGCCCUCCCACCAUGAGAAAAGGGGUCUGGCAAAGACUACCACCUCCAGUCUCUGCCCCAGUUGAAACAAAGCCAUCACCAGGACCUCUGGUCUUGCCCCCUCCUUCUUGCUUCAAGCUACUUAGCCUUUGGGAGCCUUGCUGUCCUGGACUAUGUGAUGAGAACAGGAGAGCCCUCUCAAGGCUUGUUCAAUGAUCCAAAUGAUCAAGGGUAUAGAAGCUUCUGUGAGAGGUUGUCUUUUCCACCUGGGAGUGGAGGCAGCCACAGAGACGGAGAUGGAUACCCACUUCAACUUGAAACCCCUGAGUUCAUGGGAGCCUCACCUUUCCUCAAAACUAGGGAAGUCCUAACCACAAACUGAGCCCUGACACCAGUUGUAGCUUCCAGAGAAAUAAGAUAAUAAAUAAGUGUAAAAAGAGUUAACAACACACCCUUUAAGCCAAAAAAAAAAA